GCACUGGAAACGGGCUGGCGCAGCAGGGCAACGUCUUGCUCCAAAACGUCGCCCAGGCCAACGCGGAGAGAAAUCCAGCGGAGCAGGGGAAGAUAUGGAUUGCAAAUAAAGUAGCGUGUAUUAGUCGAAAUCGCAUGACAAAUUUCCUCAGAAUUAUGAGAAAUGGAAUUUGUUGUAUUGCAGGUUUAGCUGAAGAAGAAGAUUUGUAAUGCAUGCCUGCGAUUAGUAGUACAAGUAAGAUACAACUUCUUUUGCAAUGCAUACAAGAUGACGAGCGACGACUUUUUGAAGCAGGCGAUCAACCAGUUCGAUCACUUGAACACCGAGAAGACGGCGUUAUCGGAACUGGAGCUGUUUUUACCCUUCAUUUUGUACGAGCUUAUCAGUGCGAACGACAAACAGCGGAUUGCGGCGUUUCAGUACUUGAAAAGGCAAAUCUUGAAGAACACGGUGACCAACGAGCAGUUAACGUCCGCGUUCACCGGGAAAGUUGCCUGCUUGGUGCUGUGGCGGCAGAGACAGUUGCAGUUGGAUACAGUGCCUUAUCUGAAUCGGUGUGCGGAGCUUAUGGAGAACAUGAUGUUGGCCAUAUCAAAAGGAAAAAUCCCCCCUCCCCAUAUCACAACGAAGUUUCUCAUGCUGUAUUUGCGUACACAAAUCAGAUUUGUCUUGCUGGCGAGGACUGCAGGCCCAUAUGAAGCCUGAGUAGACAGGUUUUGGUCUAGGCGCUUAGCAUGACACACGUCUACGCUGUAGGAGCAACAGCAUGACAGACCGCCUGUAGAAUGCGCCGGAGCCUGUGGAGUUGCCUUCAUGCAGCACAGAGAUGAUUGGUGGCCACAAAUCAGCUACACAAAUUUUCGAAAACGUCACUGGUCAAUAUGGGGAGGGGGGAUUAUUUUUUCUUGCGAUAGGCCAAGAAAAAUCUCGACGAAGAUUCCGGCAAGGACGGCCCCAUCGACCUAUCGAAUGCAAAAAUGUCUGGGUCUGGAAGAUUGGUAGGUUUGUCAUGCAGGUUUUGCAUGACCCGUGAUGUCUGUGAUGUAUGCUCCAGCAUCACAAUUUUUUUGCGGGCAUCUUGCUGCCUAUCCCGCACGAGAAAUCCCCUCUCCGCGGAGCAAAAACUGGACGCCUCUUGCUGCUCAUGCAAUACAGAUUUUGUUGGAUUCCAAAAGUAGCAUCACAAGUUGCAUUCUUCCAGACCCAGACAUCUUUGCAAUCCAUACGACCUCACCGGGGACGAUGAUGAAGAGGAACUUUUUAUGCUGAGAUGAAAAAACGUCCCCACGGCAGAGUUGUCAUGCAGAUUUGCAGUCACGCGAAGAUGUGUAAUGCGCAUCCCCAUGAGAGGCCUGUCCAGUCGUGUUUCGGACUUUGUAAUGCUGUCAACAGGAUGUGUAGAUGAUUUUGCGUUGCGGCUGUACUUGCUAAACUGCACUACAAUACAGAGACGAACUUGUCAUGCUUGACACCCAAAAAUUCUUGACUUGUGUUGCGAGAUCCCCAUCCUCGCUCUGGGGUGGGGACGUUUUUGCUCCGGAUACUUUUGAACGCCCGCGGAACAUUUACAGGCAGCAAAAGCAGCCUGAAAAGGCCGAACAAAUCGAAUGCGUUUGGCGGCGCGCUCGGGGCCGUGAUGUUGAAGAAGCAGAGGGUGGGAGGAGGUCCUCUUGACCCCGAUACUAAUCGGAAGUCAAAGAGCCACACGCAUUCCAUCGCUUCGACUGCCCUGGUACAA